AUGCCGGUCUGGUCCCAGUACGAGGAGGCGCCGGUGGAGGAGGUGGUGCCGGUGCUGGAGGAGAAGGAGCGAACCACCAACUACAAGCCGGUCUUCGUGACGGAGAUCACCGACGAGCUGCACUUCUACGUGCAGGACGUGGAGACAGGGACCCAGCUGGAGAAGCUGAUGGAGAACAUGCGGAGCGAGAUCGCCGGCCACCCGCCCGUGGAAGGGUCCUACGCGCCGCGCCGCGGGGACUACUGCAUCGCCAAGUUUGUGGAUGGGGAAUGGUACCGGGCCCGCGUGGAGAAGGUGGAGUCGCCAGCCAGGGUGCACAUCUUCUACAUCGACUACGGCAACAAGGAGACCCUGCCCUCUACGCGCCUGGGCACCCUGCCGCCUGCCUUCAGCACCCGCAUCCUGCCCGCCCAGGCCAUCGAGUACAAGUUUGCCUUCAUCCAGGUGCCACAGGAUGACGACGCGCGCGCCGACGCGGUGGAUAGCGUGGUGCGGGACAUCCAGAACACCCAGUGCCUGCUGAACGUGGAGCACCUCGGGCCCAGCUGCCCCCACGUCACCCUGCAGUUCGCUGACUCCAAGGGCGACGUGGGGCUGGGGCUGGUCAAGGAGGGGCUGGUCAUGGUGGAGGCGCGGAAGGAGAAGCAGUUCCAGAAAGUGAUCACCGAGUACCUGAACGCGCAGGAGCUAGCCAAGACCAACCGGCUGAACCUGUGGCGUUACGGCGACUUUCGGGCUGACGACGCGGAUGAAUUUGGCUACAGCCGCUAGGGGAGGCCCCGGGCUCCGGCCCCACCGCACCCACCAAGCUGCCGUCUCUCCUCGUCUCCUCCCCGAGCCCUCGCCCCAGCUGCUGCGCCACCACAGGGCCAGGGCACUGCGCUGGGCCCGUCCCGCCCCCCUUCGCCUCGGCUCCACGCCCCGGGCAGCGAGCCGCUGGGGGGGGCCCUGUGCCCCCUGGGGGGGGCGGGCGGCUCUUGGCCCCCCCGCCCUAGUCCGACCGACGGGGGAUCUGCCCUUGCCUCUGUCCCGUGCGGAGCCAGCUCUGGCCUGUAUUUAAAGCUUUGGAGGCCAAAUAAAGUAGUCGAGUGCUGCG